AAUUUCUGAACCACGAUCGCGGCAGCCUCGCGCCUGUUUGACACCAGCGAAGACACCUACCUACCACUACGGAAAUCGCCCACACCAUCAACUCCUCCGAACCCCUCCACCGGCAAUACGGACCGCUUGACAGACUAGAAUCUGUCUUUAUCCUCGAUUUACGGUUAGGAAUUCCUCGUUGGGGGAGCACUUGCAUAAUGUCUACGUUGAACGCCUUCCACGAGUCGCUGCCAUAUAUUGAUGACGAGCCCACACCAGCAGAGCGCGAAGCUGCCGAGUCUUUAAUCCGAGCUGAACUAUCCACCUUUUCACCGGCGCCUACGCCAAACUACAAAGAACCCUCCUUCUCCCCCCUCGUCGAACUCGAGCUGGAGCGCGUCGCCUCCAAACAGCCUCUCAAAGCCAUCGAUCUCGAGCGUUAUCAAACGCAAGAGCCUUUCCCCGACUCCGGGGCAACAUCUACAGCAGAAGAUCGUGUUCGCCUCGCCGAUUCACUCCAGAAGGCCUACAUUUCCUACGCCUACCUCGAUACUCGUGCUCAAAAUCUGAACCUGUUGGACAAAUGGGGAAAGAACGCGUGGUUGAUCGGCAAUUGGGGGCUCGAAAACGAGCUGAAAGGCUUCGAGCGCGACCUCGCCGAAACAAAGCGUCUCAUUGACGUGCUGACCGUCGCCCGGAGACGCCAGCAGGAAGAAAUAGCAGCAGAGAUGAAGGGGCUGGAGGAGAAUUGGAAGAAGGGCGUUGGAAGGACGCUCGAAACUGAGAUCGCAGUCGAGCAAUUGAGACAAGAAGUCCUAGAAGAAAUGAGGGUAAGAGGCGGCUGAGAAGCACCGCCCCAUGCAUAUAUCGCAAGGAGGCAGCCGCUGCAGCUGUACCAAACAAAAGACCAAG